UCGUUCACUCAGUUUUCUGAAGCAAACAUGAAGCAUUGUUGGGCAAUCGGAACUCUACUCUUAGCAAGUGUCCUUAUGGGCAAUGCCUGUCGACAUACUUGCGUUACCCGGAAUUUUUGUUUGUAUGAGGAACCAACAUUUGAUUACCGCUCCAGUAAUUGCGGCAAUACCAAAAUUUGCUGUGCAGUUCUACGAAAGCCUGGAGGUACGGUUUUAAUUGAACCAAAUGGCCCCGAAGAUGAUAAGGUUGGAGUAAACGGAAUAAAUGCACAACUAUCGCCUACACGCGAACUCACUAGAGAUCGCCCAAAUACCAUUGAGUCACAAGUAAAGGAAAUCAACGACUUCAGUGGGCGUCCAACCAACAACGAAAGGAAUCCAGCAACCGAACCGAACAACGGCGGGUAUACAACACCCAACGGUGGGUAUCCAGUAAACAACGGUGGGUAUCCAGUAAACAACGGUGGGUAUCCAUCAAACAACGGUGGGUAUCCAUCAAACAACGGUGGGUAUCCAGUAAACAACGGUGGGUAUCCAGUAAACAACGGUGGGUAUCCAGCAAACAACGGUGGGUAUCCAGCAAACAACGGUGGGUAUCCAACAACCAACGUUGGAAAUCCAACAAACAACGGAGGGAACCCGACUACCAAUUUUGGAAAUCCAACAAACAACGGAGGGAACCCGACUACCAAUGUUGGAAGCUCAGAGCUUUUGUCACCAAGUUGCGGCAUGAGCAACGCAAAUGGCUUGCAAAUGGUAGAAGGAAUAACCAUUGAUCAAGCACGACCAGCUCAAUAUCCCUGGGCUGUUGCUAUUUUUCACAAUGGACAGUACUUGGCUGGCGGAUCCCUGAUUCAACCAAAUGUCGUUCUAACAGUAGCUCACCGGGUAAUUACAAUCGAAACCGAACUUGUGGUCAGGGCCGGCGAUUGGGACUUAAAAUCCGAUCGAGAGAUAUUUUUGUCUGAGCAGCGCGAAGUUGAAAGGGCAGUAAUCCAUGAAGGAUUUGACUUCAAAUCAGGUGCCAACAACUUGGCGUUACUUUUCCUAAAUUCGCCCUUCAAACUGAAUGAUCACAUCAGAACUAUCUGUUUGCCUACACCAAAUAAAUCGUUCGCAGGACGUCGUUGCACGGUGGCCGGUUGGGGAAAAAUGAGAUACGAGGAUCAACGAUACUCCACCGUCCUGAAGAAAGUUCAGUUGCUCGUGGUAAAUCGAAAUGUUUGCGAGAAGUUCUUGAGGUCGACCAGGUUGGGCGCUAAAUUUGAGCUGCCCAAGAACAUCAUUUGCGCCGGAGGCGAGUUAGGCCGCGAUACCUGCACCGGUGAUGGAGGAUCGGCCCUAUUCUGUUCAAUCGGAGGGGAGAACUCUGGUGUGUACGAGCAGGCUGGAAUAGUAAACUGGGGCGUUGGGUGCGGGCAGGAGGGCAUUCCGGCCAUAUAUACGGAGGUGUCCAAGUUUACAAAUUGGAUUACCGAGAAGCUGCUGCCCUUCGAUUACAGGAGUGGGUGAUAUGUCAAAAGGAACGACAUGAUGCAAUAAAUGAUAAAAGCGCUUAAAAGUGUACAUUAAAGUGCACAGUAAUGC